AUGACCUCCGAGGAUAUUGCAGCCUCUGUUGUUUUACCACCAGUGGAGGGGAAAGUGAUACCUUGUCAGUCAACUGGAGAUGAAAAUUCUAAGAAUAGUUUGGAUACUAGCGUUAUAAAAAGACAUAGCAUGGAGACUGUGCCAGACUUAACAAAGUUAAAAGGACACAGAACUCAGAAUUCUGUGACCAAGCCUUUUGUAAUAGAAAGCAAAGGUGAAAGUGGUAAAACCCUUAAUGACAGAGGUAUUGCGCAAGGGAACCACUGUACUCCCCAUGCCAGUGAUUAUUUCAAUAGCAAAAUGUUUGAGCGAGCCUACAAGUCCAGCCUAGGUUUUAAUCAGUUUUGCAAGUCCUACAAUCCCUUUAAACAGAACAAUGUUUGUACAGACUCCCAGAUUCCUGCUGUGUUGACAGAAAUUAAUUUUAAAGCAGAUACAUCAUCUCUGGAAGGGCAGGCAUUAAAGGGUCACUUAAUAGUGAAUGAUCACUGCACAGAUGCUGCCACUCACAUUCCAACAUUACACAAAAGUUAUUCCACUCAGAAGAGUGGUUUAUGUUCCAGUUCCACAAAUAACCCGUGUAUUUUGAGCAGCCAUUUACAGACAAUGAGGAGAAAUUGCUGUAAUAGUUGUGUGUCCAGCUCCUGCAGUUCUGAUAGUUGUGGAAGUAGCCAUGAACAUGCUGGUCUCAAUUGUGACCCGGGCCUGCUUGUGAAUUACCAAUCAAAUUUGUGCUCCGGGACAAUGCCAGAAUUUCCAGGAGACAAUGCAGAUGGACAGAAGUUACCCUGCAUUCUUUCAUCACAGCCAUUUCAAAUGCAAGACUUGCAUGAAAAAUGUGAAGAGGGGAUGGAAAAUGAUCUUUCAAGGAACCGAAAAGACCGCUCAACGCUGCUUGUUAGGAGAUUUUGUAAAAAUUACAAAGAAGUGAAAAAGUCUGUUUAUACAGGAACCAGCGCAAUUGUUAAAUCUUUGCCUUCUGGUCAUAUUGGGACCAAAGCUUUCUGUUUUGUUAAGAGAAAUCAAGAAAGCAUAAAAGAACAGAGAUAUUUUUGUCUAACAGCUAAAAGCUUGACUUUUGCCCAAGGUUCUAAAAGAAGAGAUCAUUUUAUCUUCUAUUUGGCGACAAUGACUGUCUUGAAAUUCUUCUACAAUGGGGAAAAUGACACGGAUCACCUUUCUGUGUGCCUGCUUGAAAAACGUUUGAUUUCUCUGGUUGCCAACCUCCCUUGUCUGACUCUGAAACAAAAUGCCUAUUCUGGAUUUUAUGCAACAUUGCAUAGAACAGCCACAUCUCAGUUCAUAAGUGGGGCACUGCUGGAAGCAAUUGCAUUGUUAGGUGCAAGAAGUGGUCUUCCUAGUUUAACCUGUGGCUCCGUCGGAAGAACAAUGCUAAAAGAUCGCCAGCCCUGCUCAGCAAUGGCAGCAUCAAACACUCAGACGGCUAGUGCCGCUGGACUGAGUAAAGAGUUGGUGGAACUGCAACACCUUAUUCAAUUUCCAGAAGAGAUUGCAACGGUUCUUACUGAUCAAGAACAGGAUAUUUAUCGCAAAGUUUUACCCAUUGAUUACCUUUUUUUCCUAACAAAAGAUCUUGGCAGUAUUGAAUGCGUGACCAAUUUUCCUGAUCUAAAAACAUCUUUGUCUGCAUCACUGUUAAAACUGAAAAAUGGGGAACACAAUACCGUAGAAGAGCUGGUAGCAAGGUUUAAUGAGGUUAGUUCUUGGGUGACCUGGCUGAUUCUUGCUGCAGGGUCCAUGGAGGAGAAACGGGAAGUCUUUUCUCACUUGGUGCACAUAGCUAAGUGCUGCUGGAACAUGGGCAAUUACAACGCUGUGAUGGAAUUCCUGGCAGGGCUCAGAUCACGGAAAGUGCUGAAAAUGUGGCAAUUCAUGGAUCAAAGUGACAUUGAAACUAUGCGGAGCUUGAAAGAUGCCAUGGCUCAGCAUGAAUCAUCAUCUGAGUACAGAAAAGUGGUGAACAGAGCACUGAAUAUACCUGGCUGUAAAGUGGUUCCUUUUUGUGGGGUGUUCUUAAAAGAACUGUGUGACGUUCUUGAUGGAGCAGCAAGUCUGAUCAGGCUGUGUCCUCACUACAAUUCUCAGAAUGAAACACUGGAGUUUGUGUCUGACUACAAUGGACAAGACAAUUUUUUGCAGCGAAUAGGGAAGGAUGGAUUGAACAAUGCCGAAAAGGAAUCAACCGUAAACAAUAUUAUGCAGACUAUUCGCAGUUGCAACCGCAGUCUAGAGUCUGAGGAGGGCGAUGAUAAUGUCAGUGAAAGUGGUGUCUCUAGAAAAAACUCUGUGAUGGACCGAAGCAGAUUUCAAUUCAUAAUGGGAGAACUGUCUGAUUGUGAAAGCGAUAUUUGUGAGCAGUCCAAAGACUUUGAUUUCCAUGGGUCUGAUGAGCAGCAGAAAGAAUUCAACCAUGGUACAGAACUGAUUCCUUGGUACGUGUUGUCAAUCAGAGCUGAUGUCUACCAGUUCCUUCAACAAGGGGUAACUCUCAUUCGCUAUGACCAGGAAACACAUAUUUCUGUGCGCUGUUUUCUCCAGCUCCAAGCAGACAACAGCACACUGACUUGGACGAAACCAUCCACAACUUGUCUUGCAACCAAUAAAAAUAAAUUAAGUGCCCCAGGAAGCACUGCAGAGACAAAAUUUCAGUUUCUUGCCAAUGCUGGAAUGAGUGGACUUGUAGAUGGCUUCAUAGACUUGUUCUCGGUGAAGGCGGUUUACAUGGGGCAUCAGGGCAUUGAUAUACACACUGUGUGUGUUCAAAACAAACUUUGUAAUAUGAACCUGGAAGAAAAUGGUGUCACACUGCUUUAUGGACUACAAACUACUGAGAACAAGUUGUUGCACUUUGUAGCACCAAAAUACACCGCUAAAAUGAUAUAUGAUGGAUUGCUGGAAUUAACCAAAGCUGUAAGGAAGAUCAAAAACUUUCCGGAUCAGAGACUUCAGUGGCUGAGGAAGCAGUAUGUUAGUUUCUACCAGGAGGAUAACAGAUUUGAAGGACCAACAUUAGCACAGGCUGUUGAGCUUUUCGGGGGAAGACGAUGGAGCACUAGAAAUACAAGCACGGGAACAUUAAACAAAAACACUGAAAAAGCAAAUGUGCAGCGUAACAAUACUCUGGGGAUAAACACAGCCAAGAAAAAGAAGAAAGUUCUUAUGAGGGGAGAGAGCGGAGAUGCCGCUGAUGAUGAGAUGGCAACAAGGAAAAGCAGAAGCUAUAAAGAGGCCCGCAACAGGAGUGGCUCAGAUCCUCCUGAAAUUGAUGAACAAGAAGAGCAAGAUCAGAAUACAGUUCCUGGAUUUUCUGCAUCUCAUACUAUUCCAUCACGGAGGGUUCACUCAGCAUCUGUCUCUGGCUCUCCAAAUGUAACACCAGGGACAACCACGCCUAUCCGGCCGGCAUCCUCACCGGUCCUGUCCAGCACCAACAAACCUCCAACCACCACAUGGAGCAGUUCAAGUUGGCAUGGAAGAGUCAAGGGUGGAAUGAAAGGCUUUCAAUCAUUUAUGGUUUCUGAUAGCAGCAUGAACUUUGUGGAGUUUGUAGAGCUCUUCAAAUCUUUCAGUGUACGAAGCCGGAAAGAUCUUAAAGAUAUUUUUGACGUGUAUGCUGUUGCCUGCAACCGUUUGGGUUCAGAAUCCAUCCCACUGUACACAAAUUUGACAAUUGAUGAAAAUGUCAGCGGAGUUCAGCCAGACCUAGAUUUAUUGACCAGGAAUGUAUCCGACUUGGGUCUAUUUAUUCGCAGUAGACAACAGUUGUCAGAAAACCAAAGACAAAUUUCUGACGCCAUUGCUGCUGCCAGUAUUGUUACAAAUGGCACUGGAGUAGAAAGUACUUCGCUUGGUGUAUUUGGAUUGGGAAUACAGCAGUUUAAUGACUUCUUGGUCAAUUGCCAAGGUGAACACUACACUUAUGAUGAAGUCCUCAGCAUUAUUCAGAAAUUUGAGCCGAGCAUUAGUAUGCGCCAGCAAGGACUGAUGUCGUUUGAAGGAUUUGCAAGGUUUCUGAUGGAUAAAGAUAAUUUUGCUUCAAGAAAUGAUGAGUCUCAGAUAAAUGUAGAUGAUCUGCACUUUCCCCUUUCAUAUUAUUUUAUUGAGUCUUCUCACAAUACAUAUCUUACUGGGCACCAGCUGAAAGGGGAGUCUUCUGUAGAGCUGUACAGUCAGGUUCUCUUACAAGGCUGCAGAAGCGUGGAAUUGGACUGCUGGGAUGGGGAUGAUGGCAUGCCGAUUAUAUAUCAUGGACACACACUAACAACUAAAAUUCCCUUUAAGGAUGUAAUAGAAGCCAUUGAUCGCAAUGCAUUCAUCAAUUCUGACAUGCCAAUUGUAAUCUCCAUAGAGAAUCAUUGCUCCUUACCCCAGCAGCGCAAGAUGGCUGACAUUUUUAAGUCUGUGUUUGGUGAGAAAUUGGUGACAAAAUUCCUUUUUGAGAGUGAUUUCUCUGAUGAUCCCAUGCUUCCUUCUCCUUGGCAACUAAGAAGAAAAGUGCUUCUGAAAAACAAGAAGCUCAAGGCACACCAGACUCCUGUAGACAUUUUGAAGCAGAAGGCCCAUCAGCUUGCAAACAUGCAAGCACAGGCCACCAAUGGAACCCAGGUUUUGAAUACCAGCACUACCAAUGAAGAAGAGGAGGAUGAUGAAGAUGAUUAUGACUAUGACUAUGAAUCACUUUCAGAUGCUGAUGUCCUUAAUGCUUCCCCUGCGCCUAACAGCCAGGAAGAUAAUAUUCUGGAUGAUCGCCCUGAAAGUAAACCAUGCAGUGACAAACUGCAAUUUGAGUAUAAUGAGGAGGGGCCCAAGCGGAUCAAGAAGACUGAUGGCAACAGUGUUAACAACAAAGGAAAGGUCUAUGAUAUGGAACUGGACGAAGAGUUUUACCUCCCUCAGAACAAGAAAGAAAGUAGACAAAUUGCACCAGAACUAUCAGACCUUAUCAUCUAUUGCCAAGCUGUGAAGUUUCCUGGCCUUUCGACGUUAAACCCAUGUGGAUCUGGCAGAGGAAAGGAAAGAAAAAGCAGGAAGUCAAUUUUUGGCAACAAUCCUGGUAGAACAAGCCCCGGGGAAACAACAACACUGGCCAAAACAUCUGGAAGAGGUACAGCCGACACACGGCAGAGCUGGGAGGAGCCAUGUUCACCACCAUAUAACCCAAGCACUUCACUGAGUGCCAUUAUCCGGACCCCUAGGUGCUACCACAUCUCAUCACUGAAUGAAAACGCUGCUAAACGUCUAUGUAGACGUUAUUCACAGAAGUUGAUUCAACACACUGCCUACCAACUAUUGAGAACAUAUCCAGCUGCUACACGCAUCGACUCUUCAAAUCCACAUCCUCUCAUAUUUUGGCUUCAUGGAAUACAGUUGGUUGCCCUAAACUACCAAACGGAUGAUCUCCCUUUGCAUUUGAAUGCUGCCAUGUUUGAAUCAAAUGGUCAUUGUGGAUAUGUGCUAAAGCCACCUGUACUAUGGGACAAGGGCUGUCCAAUGUAUCAGUUAUUCUCCCCCCUGGACCGAGAUUUAGAAAGCAUGGAACCAGCAAUAUAUUCCUUAUCUAUUGUCUCAGGACAGAAUGUCUGUCCAAGCAACAGUACAGGAAGUCCUUGUAUCGAGAUUGAUGUGCUUGGUAUGCCUGUGGACAGCUGUCAUUUCCGAACUAAACCCAUCCAUCGCAAUACUUUAAACCCUAUGUGGAAUGAGCAGUUUAUGUUCCGCGUUUACUUUGAAGAUCUUGUGUUUUUGCGGUUUGCCGUAGUUGAGAAUAACAGCUCGGCUGUAACUGCCCAGAGAAUUAUUCCUCUUAAAGUCUUAAAGAGAGGAUACAGACACUUACAGCUUCAUAAUCUACACAAUGAGACUUUGGAAAUCUCCACUUUAUUUAUUAACAGCAGGAGAAUGGAAGAAAUUCCUACUGGCAGUGCUUUGCCUGCCUCUUUGUUUUUUAGUUCAGAAGAAAGAAGAGCAACAUCAGUGUUUAAAGUCACUGUGCAUGGUAUUCCUGGACCAGAGCCUUUCACUGUGUUUAGUAUUAACAUUGGAACAACCGCAAAACAUCUACUCGACAAUAUUUUGUCAUCCAUAAAAAGACAUGAAGCAAGCACUGACUAUUUCUUGAUGGAAGAAAAAUGUUUUAUAUCAAAGGACAAACAUGAAUGUAAAAAACCUCCAUUCCAAAGAGCGAUUGGCCCAGAAGAAGACAUCCUGCAAAUUCUAAACAGCUGGUUCCCAGAAGAAGGCUAUGUGGGAAGGAUCAUUCUUAAAACUCAGGAAGAAAAUCUGAAUGAGAGAAAUGUAACUGUGGAGGAGAAGGAAGAGAAGGAGCUGCCUCUCAAUACAGAUGAUGAGAGUUUUUUUGUCCAGGUACAUGAUGUCUCUCCUGAACAGCCACGCACUGUUAUACGAGCUUUGCGAUUCAGCACAGCACAGGACGUUAUUCAGCAGGCCCUCAGCAAAGCCAAAUACUCAUACAGCAUUCUGAACAAUCCAAACCCGAGUGACUAUGUACUGCUUGAGGAAGUGACAAAAGAGACAUCCAACAAGAAGUCAUCAACCCCCAAAACAUCGCAGAGGGUCCUCUCAGACCAUGAGUGUGUUUACCAGGCACAGAGCAAGUGGAAGGGAGCCGGGAAAUUCAUUCUGAAAUUAAAGGAGCAGGUUCAGGCAGCACGAGAUGACAAGAAAAAAGGCAUUUCGAUUGCAAGUGAACUGAAGAAACUUGCAAAGUCAAGCCGGCAGUCUCGGAACUUCACACUGUCACCUCACAUCAUGUCACCAGAAGGUACCCAGAAUAGAGAUGAAAAACCUGCAUGCAGUUUGCCCUUCAAUGACUUCAGUGCAGUGCUCUGGGUCCUGCAGAUUAUCCCUAUCUCUGUUAAUAGCAGCAACAGAGACAAGAGGGAGAAAGUGUCAAUGAACUACAAGUGCACUUGUAUUCCAAUGAGAUCUACAAGUCUCUCUGCCGCGGUGGCAGAUGGCGACUGUUCGUGCUAUGGAGUGCAGAGCAGGAAAGAAGAUCUUGAUUCAACAGAUAACAGAGACGUAUACAGAUACUCAUCCUGCUGUAGAAAGCCAAUUGCAGCAUGGUACUAUAAGCUACUUAAAAACUGGAAACUGCCAAAAUGACGCAAGUGCCAGUUCCUCUGGAUUUCACAUGAAGUUACUGCCAGGAAUGGGGAUCACAAUGGAUUUCCUUUGGCAUGAUCUGUAUAGCAGCGGAUUUCGGUGAGCCUGGUUAAUGCUGAAGGGUACAGUGGUAGUCUUCUGGCUGAAAUAUUUUUGAAGGCGAGAAGAAUGGAAGG